GGCGGGGCCGGCGCGGUGACGUCAGAGGGGGCGGGGCCGGCGGUGCAGGUGGAGGCAGCGCGGAGCGGAGCGGCCCCGAGAAGAGCCCGGCGGCGGACGCCGACAGCUCGGACCAGCAGCAAGCCAAGGAGGAGGAAGGAGCUGCUGAAGCACAGAAGCAGGAGGCUUCUCUGGAGGAAGGGGCUCAGCCUACGUCAGAGGGGCAGGGGCAGAAGCAGAAGGCCUCCAACGGAGACACCCCCACUCACGAGGAGCAGAGCAAGAAGGAACGUCGCACCUCCGAGGGCCGGGGCCUGUCCCGCCUCUUCUCCUCCUUCCUCAGGAGGCCCAAGUCUCAGGUGUCUGAAGAGGAAAAAGACACUGAUGCUCCUAAAGAGGCAGGAGGUGACCAGAAAGGCGCAGGAUUAGGAGCCAGCCCUGAUGAAGACAUCCUGGUGAAAGCGCCGAUCGCAGCUCCUGAGCCCGAGCUCAAAACCGACCCGUCACUGGAUCUCCAUUCCUUGAGCAGUGCAGAAACACAGCCUGCACAGGAGGAGAGGAGGGACGAGCAGGAGCCAGAGGGCAAAGACCCUGAGGACAAGGAAGAGGGAGAAGCCAAGGAAGAGUGUGCCAAGCCAGAGCCUAAACCAGAGACUCCGGAGACCAAAGCAGACAAGGAUUUGAAAGCUGCCCAGAAAGCAGUGAAAAGACACAGAAACAUGUACUGCAAAGUGGUCUUGCUGGAUGACACCAUUUUUGAGUGUGCUGUGGAUAAACAUGCCAAGGGACAGGAGCUCCUUAAAAAAGUCUGUGACCACCUCAAUCUGCUGGAAGAAGACUACUUUGGUUUGGCCAUAUGGGACACACCAACCUCCAGGACGUGGCUGGAUCCUGCCAAAGAAAUAAAAAAGCAGGUUCAUGGAGGCCCCUGGGAUUUUACCUUCAAUGUCAAGUUUUAUCCUCCAGAUCCUGCCCAGCUGACAGAGGAUAUAACCAGGUAUUACCUGUGUCUUCAGCUCAGGCAGGACAUCCUCACGGGGCGGCUGCCCUGCUCCUUUGCAACCCUGGCCCUGCUGGGCUCCUACACGGUGCAGUCGGAGCUGGGGGACUAUGAUCCCGAGCUCCACGGCCCAGAUUACAUCACUGAGUUCAAACUGGCCCCAAACCAGACAAAAGAGCUCGAAGAGAAGGUUGUGGAGCUUCAUAAAACAUACAGAUCCAUGACUCCAGCCCAAGCAGACCUGGAAUUUCUUGAGAAUGCAAAAAAGCUGUCUAUGUAUGGAGUCGACCUUCACCAAGCCAAGGACUUGGAAGGAGUGGACAUCACUCUGGGAGUCUGUUCCAGUGGCCUUCUUGUUUACAAAGACAAACUGAGAAUCAACCGCUUCCCGUGGCCCAAAGUCCUGAAGAUUUCCUACAAACGCAGCAGCUUCUUCAUAAAGAUUCGGCCGGGGGAGCAAGAACAGUAUGAAAGUACAAUUGGGUUCAAGCUUCCAAGCUACCGGGCAGCGAAGAAGCUGUGGAAAGUCUGUGUCGAACAUCACACCUUCUUCAGGCUGACUUCCACCGAGGCCAUCCCGAAGAGCAGGUUCCUGGCGCUGGGCUCCAAGUUCCGCUACAGCGGGCGGACGCAGGCGCAGACGCGGCAGGCGAGCGCCCUGAUCGACCGGCCCGCGCCCCAGUUCGAGCGCACGGCCAGCAAACGAGCCUCCAGGAGCCUGGAUGGAGCUAAACGUGCGACUCAGAGAGUUGAGUUCAGGACCGUAGAGGAAGAGAAGCAGAAGGAGGUGGUGGUGGUUGAGGUUCCUGAACCAAAACCUGCGGAUCAGAUCCGAGAGAAGCCAGCCAAACACACUCUUGAAACUUUUGAAAUGAAACCCAUUGCAGAGGAGGAAGAGGAGGAGGAGAAGGUAGAGGUGGUUAAGGUUCCUGUUGCCAAGCCAAAGUUCCCGGAACCGGUGCCGCCGCGGUCAGCAGUGGCUGUGAUAACCCCGGAGCGGAGUCCCCGGCCCACCUCGGCCCCGGCCAUCGCUCAGAGCCACCCUGCAGAGCCAGCCCCAGCUAAGCCUGACAUGAAGGACGUGGCCACAUCUAAAAUGGGGAAGGAAACAGCAAAAGCUGAUGUGAGACGUGAGGAAUUCCCACCAGAGAAAGCCAAGGCAGAGCCAGCUGAUGCAUCCAAGGUGAGGAAAACACACAUUGAGGUCACAGUCCCCACCACGAAUGGUGCCCAGCCCCAGCAGCAGCCUGCAGAAAAAGAGGAAGAGCUGAUAAGAAUGAGGAAGAAGAGAUCAAAGAGGCUAGAUGGUGAAAACAUUUAUAUCAGGCAUAGCAAUUUAAUGUUGGAGGAUCUAGAUAAGCCCCAGGAGGAAAUCAAGAAGCACCAUGCCAACAUCAGCGAGCUGAAGAAGAACUUCAUGGAGUCCGUCCCGGAGCCGCGGCCGAGCGAGUGGGACAAACGUCUGUCCACCCACUCCCCUUUCCGGACCCUCAACGUCAACGGGCAGAUCCCCACGGGAGCGGAUGGAGUCAAGAAAGUCACUGUCCUACCUUCUGAGAGACAGAAACGGGAACGUCCUCUGUUAGUACAGGAUGAAGACAAAUUAAAAAAGCAGCAGAUACCUACUGAGACAGCCUUUCCCCGGCCAGCAAGUGAAGAAACUCUUCCAAAGGUUUCAAUUGCAAUUCCUGAAGAGCAGAAAGCACUCAAAAAGUGUCAGCUGUACUCUAGCAUUUUUCCUUCUCCACGCAUUCCCUUUAUGAUGUCCUUUCUCCUCGUUGUAGCACUGACUGUUUGGUGGCUGCUCUUUCUCUGAGUGGCAACAGGGUCGUGUUGAAACCUCAAGACCAAAGCUCCUGAAUUUCUUGGCCGUAGCCUCUGCUGCAUCUUCCUUGUCCUGGUCUUUGAUCUCUCUAGUUCGCUGUCCCGGGGAGGGACAUCCCGCGACCGUCCGGUUAAAUCCCUCUGUGUGUCCUUGUGUGGCUGGGAUGGGACCUGGCAGGAGUGGUCUGGGAUUGCCAGGUCCCUUCUGAAGUCCUCCUACUGUGCAAAAGCAAAUUCUUUGAACCCUGUUCCUGAUUGCUGUGGGAGAGCAGAUGGGGAGAGGAAAUGAUGGGAGGAGUCGCUGGCUUCCUGAGCCCCUGUAGACUUCACGUAGGAAUUGCUGGAAAAUUGCUUUAAAACUUGUUGUUUUUAAUGUAAGAUGUUCAAAAACUGGAGAACCUUUGAUACUGGUCCAAAAGAGGCUUGGCAGUAAUCUGCUGAAUUAUGGAAUCCUGGAAUGGUUUGGGUUGGAAGGGACCUUAAAGCCCAUCUCAUUCCAACCCCCUGCCAGGAACAGGGACACCUUCCACUAGCCCAGGUUGCUCCAAGCCCUGUCCAACCUGGCCUUGGACACUUCCAGGGUUGGGGAGUCCACAACCUCUCUGGGCAACAAGAGGUUGAAUCUCUGGGAAGAAUAUCAGAAUCUAAUCCAUAACCACCCCUUUCCUAGGAAACUCAGAUUGGCAUUUCAAUACAAAGUACUGGUUCUCACUGCUGUUGGUGAUGACUCAGGGACAGGGACAGGCAGCUUUUCUUUUCCCAGUGGGUGAAGCCUUUGGCAAAGCAUUCCAGCUUCCCUCUCCACCCCUAUUGACAUGUCCAAGAAAAUACACAGUGUUACAGGAGAAAACCCAUCGCAAGGAGAUAUUAAUUGUCAACCUAGAUUAAUCAUUUCUUGGAACCUGAUGGUCUCGGAUGUGUUUUGUUUCAUUUGUGUGGAACUAACGGGCUCAUGUUUGCUGAGGUCACAGGGCUGGAGUCACCUGCUGUUUUAACAUCCCCUCUGUUGCCAUGUUGGCUUGGCCACAUCAGGACACACUUCUAAAUGUUAAAGCCCUCGAUUGUUUUUGACUUCUUUACCCAAACCCUUGCAUGCUGCUUGUUGUUUACUGCCUACAGUGUAAAUGUCUGGAUGAUGCUCCCGUUUAUCCCAGUUCUCCUGGCUGAGCUGUGCAGGCUCCAGCCCAGCUGGGCUGAGCAGAGCUGCUUUGUGAGCUGGAGGGAAGGUGGGACUUUGUGUCUGAGGGGUUUCUUUUCUGUAAAUAGUAAAGAUGGGGCUGAGCUGAGCCCCCCGUGUCUCCUUUCAGCACUAAUCUGUGUUUUCCUGCAGCUGCUGGAGGAUUGGGCUGGACACAGUUACUCUGGGAACAGCCCCCAGUGCCACCAGUGGUGGCAGCUGCUCCAGCAGCACGGGAGAGAAAGGAGCAGACCUUUAUUACAGGGACUAAAAUGUGUGAAUAUAUAUAAAUACAUGUAUUUAUAACCCUUUCUAGAUCUGUAUCCAUGUGAACAGUGUUAUUUAGGAAGCAGAUAAGCUUGCAGGAAUAAGGCAAACAUGGCAUGUGCUGUCUGGUCAGAGGGUCUGUGGUGUGUCACGGACCACUCGAGCCACCUCUUGCUUUCAGUGUACAGGUUGAGGCUCUAAAUGCUGUCUCAGAAACUUAGGUUGGUAGUGAAACUCUUUGUUUUAGUCCCACAGGAAUCUUUCCAGUUCCUCUUGUACCCUGCUCCGAUUAGUUCACCGGUUUGUGCCUUUAGGACUUUGUUUUGUGAGGAUGCUGAUUUUUCAUUGGAAAAGAUUCUUCCCUUUUUAAUACACUGCCUUUAAUACACAGUCUUCCUCCUUCAGUGCUUGGAAGUGUAGGAGUCAGAGGGUUGUUGUCCAGGUGUCCAGGUGAAGGGAAGUGUCAGCAGGCUGUGUCCCUGCAUCCUUGGAUCAUCCCUUGGAAUGCACUUGAACUCCGGCGAGUUUGGGGUGGAAUUCAGGAAGACAAAAGUGGGCCCUGGAGAGGAGAGGUGGAAAGAGAUGUUGAGGUGCCACGUGCAGAAGAUGCAGGAUGGAAGAAGCCAGGGGGAUGCUUCUGGCUGGGAUUCCCUGCCUGCAUCUCCUUCCCAAAAUUGGAACAGACAUGAUGAAAAACAGGGACUGUUUGCUCUCCCCAACCUGGCUGGGGAGGGAAGGGAUGGGAGUUGUGUGGGUGUCUCUUUGUUCAUUAUCUGUCCAUAUCUCCUGGAGAAGAGCGGCUUAAACACAACAGGUGCUCCCUUCCCAAAGCCAUUGCUCGGGAUCCCUCUUGGAAUGCACAGCUGAGGUUCCUGUGUAUGUCUUUUUGGUUCCUUGACAAGGACUUGGAAGCCACAUGGGUGGCUUUGGCAAAGCCAUGGUUUCUGUAGCUCUGUCACCCAGUUCCAAAGGACCUGAAGUUUAAAACUCUUUGCCCAGAGCAAUAUCUGACCAGAGUGCUCAGGGUGUCUCAUCCCAGAGGGAUGAGAGGUGGGCUCUGCCACUUCAGCUCAAUUCUGUAAUUCUUUAAUUCAAACGGUCUCUUUCUCUCUCUUUUUUAAUCUUGAGUUGUCAUCAGCAAAAAACCUUGGAAACUUUACACUCUGAGAACACUCAGGAACAUUUUUGGGAUUUGUAUACCAGUUAUCACUGCAGAGUAUAAAGAAAUUGAACAAAUGCUUUUUGUUUCUCUGGCAGUUUAGAGGCCAGUUAUAUUCCUCCAGGUGGGUAUGAUCCCUCCUGACAGAGAAUUCCUGUAGCUUAUCAGGAACAGAAACCUCAUCCAUCUGAUGCCACAGGGAUGUGCCCUCUGGGCUCCAGCCCCUUUUCCAGUCCCUCCUCUGCUUUUUUUCCUGUUUGCUUGUAAGGCAAAGGGAGUGACAGUCCAUGGCAUUCCGUGUAAGGUCUCGUUCCUGCACGUUCUCUCUCCCGUUUGUGCACAUUCCGUGUCUCUCACACCUUGGUGCUGUGGUUUCACCCUUUUCCUUUGGUGUCUGUGCAGGACUCAGCCCUCAGAGGAGGGAUUUUGGGAUGCCUGCUGUCAUCCUUGAGCACAGGGAGAGCUCAUUGACUCUAGUGCUGUUUAAGAGCAGAGGUCUCAGGGGUUUUGUAAAGGAACCAACUCUGUACCACUCCCUGUUUUCCUCAGGAACAAACUUGCUGGGAACACUGGCAAUCCCUGGCCGCCUGCCCUGCCACUGGCACCCAUUGACAGGGAUUCACACACCCAUGCCAGGCUGUGAGGGAUGGAGAACUGAGUUAUCCCUUCCUAGAUCCUUCCAGGAUCCUGGAAUUGUCUGCAGCUCGUAACCUCCUCCCAGCUGGCAUGAGAAAUCCUGAUUUUUCAAUGUGGCCUGCUGCAGAAAAUGACAUUUUGGUGACUCUGGCACACCAGGAUAAGUCUGACAGCAGUUUUGAUGUCAAUUAGGCUUUCCCAGUGUUUUGUGGUGUGUUCACUCAGCUCUUUGGUGCUCGUGUGUGGGAUCCCCUUAGGAGCUGUCGGGGCUCCAGCGUUUUCCAUUGUGAUUGGUGUGGUUGGCUCCACACUCACUUUCUGAAUCUUCUUACCCUGGUUCCAUCUCUUCUCAACACCACCUAAAACAUACAUGAAUCUCUUGUGCUUUCCUGCUUUAGGAAAAGGUGGACAUCAGUAAUUUUAAGCAGCAAAAUGCUGCUGGUGGCUUGGAACUCGGAUUCAGCUCCGAGGUCGUGCUGGGUGUCGGGCUCUGCAUGUGCUGAUGCUCGAGGUGUUCACUGCUGCAAAACAACAUCCCUUUUUUCUUUCCCACUGUUAAAAGUGAGCAGAUAAAUGAAGGUGUUGGCUGCUUCUCCUGCCACGUGCUGCCUCUCUUGGGGGGGUCAGUAGAAGAUGAGCUGAGGACUCUCCAUGGGCAGGUCAGGGCAUGGAGUUCAGCCAAGACCAGCUCCCCUCCCUUGCAGUUUGUGCAGUGGUGACCCCAAAGAGUAGAUAUUCCCUGUUUCCCUCCUGAAGUAACAAGGAGAAGUGGAUUUCCUCAACGUAGCACCAAGGGAGUAGUUUGUGUUUGGAGGAAAGAGGCUGGACUGGCCUUGCUGUGUCUGCACCACGGGGCUCCUGGGAAGGUUAUCAUAAAAUCAUGGAAUAUCCUGAGUUGGAAGGGACCCAUAAGGAACACAGAGUCCAACUCCUGAUGGUUGUGGGCAAAGUGUCUUUCACUUCACAUCAGUGUCAGUAAUUUGUCACUCUGAGAAUUAUUCCACUUUGUUGGGUUUUCUUUCUUCUGGUCGUGAGUUGAUGGCACCUGUUCUGACCUACAGAAUGAGGAAGGAAGCUUUCUGGGUUAAUUCAGCCCCAAAAAGGGAUUAUGGAUUCAUGCAGGAACUCUCUGGUCUGUACUUGGUAGUGGGUGACACUGGAGAGAACCUGUCAGUGGUGGUUCCUCUCGUGUCCCUGUUUGUGUCUGUUGUGGUUUGUGAGGCUGGAGGGAAGGACUGGCCUUGCUUUGGGCCCCUUUGGGAUGGAUCUUCUAUCAGUGGUACACAGUGGUGUUGGGUCAGUUUGUGGGGACUAAAAACACUUUCUUUUUUACCUAAAAUGCUCUCUUUCGGAACACUUUUUCGGUUUUGUAUUUUUUCUCAGAUUUUCCUUUGUAAAUAUGUACAUUUAUCAUUAAUAAAUGUUGUUGCAAAUCA